AUGAACGGCGUAGAGGCCGCUCUGUCCCGUCUUCAAAGUGAUACUCAAGACUUCUGGGCAUCUCUGCAUUCCAUUCAUCGAAUCGAUGCCUCCACCUUAACCCCAAUUCAAUUUUAUCGCGACUUUGUAAGUCGAAGUGUGCCCGUCGUGCUACUGAAUGUUAUGACGAGUACAAUGUGGCAAAGUGCCAUGGCCAAUUGGCAGAAUAAUGACUAUUUGAUCGCUAAGAGCGGAGAACACCCUGUUUCCGUGAAUGUCACCCCUUUUGGCUUUGGCGAUGCAGUCAUGGAGUUUCAUGGACACGACAGUAGCUUGUUUGUAUUGCCCGAGGAGAGGUCUAUGCAUAUAGCAGAGUUUCUUGAAAAUUUGAAGAAUCGUGAUACAUUUGACGGCGUGCCAUAUCUCUCACAUCAAAACGACAAUCUAAGGGACCAGCUGCCAAACCUUUUUAAUGAAAUUCCAUCUGCAAUCGAAUUAGGAGUACAAACUUUUGGAAACGAACCGGAAGCAGUUAAUAUUUGGAUUGGGGAUGAAAGGGCGGUAUCUACUCUACAUAAAGAUCAUUAUGAGAAUAUUUAUUGUGUAGUGAAGGGUCAGAAACACUUUACGCUACUACCACCAUCGGCCGUGGGAUGUUUAUAUGAGCAGGAGUUUCCGACGGCUAAGUAUUGCCAUGUGGAUUAUCUUGAACCGAAAGAAAGACUGGACCCUGUGGCGACAAAACUUUUUCAUGAAAAAUAUCCACAACACAAUAAAUGGAUGAUUUUGUCAGGAAAUGACAAGAAUAGUACACCUUGGAUCCCUGUGGAUCCAUUGCAUGUCGAUCUAGAAAAGUAUCCGAUGGCGACGACAUUACAACCGAUUGAAGUCGUGUUGGAGGCAGGCGAAGUCCUCUACCUGCCAUCUUUGUGGUAUCACCGUGCUACACAGCUGUCCACGACAAUUUCGGUUAAUUACUGGCAUGACAUGGAAUUCGACUGUCGAUACGUGUAUUAUAACUUUGCUCACGAAAUUGGUGCUUUGAUCGUAGCGCCAAAGACGAAGAACGCAGAAGACAAACAAUCACUAGUGAAGAAAAAUAACGUAAUUUCUAAAUGA